UAUUCUGCCCAUCAAAGAGAGGCACUACGCUACCCUGGAUUACAAUGAUCUGACUCUCUCUCUUUCUCUCUCUCUCUCUCUCUGUGGCAAUGGCGGACAAGCCGAGCAGAGGAUUGGUGGUGUACGGAGAUGGGUUGGCCCGUUUCAUCAACGAAUCACACACCCAUCUCCACUCUCUCGCUUCUCGUGCUUCUUGUGGUUUCUUGACCCUCCCCAACUCCCCUCCUUCAGAAAGUGAGGAUGCAAGAAUAGUUCGAGAGUUUGCUCAGCUGCUGGAUGCAGCUGAAGCUUGUCACAAUACAGUGAUGCCUAGCAUUUCAGAGAGGUUCAUGGGAAUGAGAUCUGCUAUAAUUACAAACAACUCAAGUUUGAAACCUUUUGGAGGCAAACUAGGUUUCACUAUGUUGCAAUUGAGUGACAUAAUUGACAAGAGUCUUCCCAUCGCAGAGUCACCACUUGAUGUCGUGGCCUCUGAGUUGCUGAAGUUGCUUGGAUUUCAAGAAGGGAAGAUUUUAGAGACAAGCCCGUUUGAUUUAGUUUUUAUCCACAUUGGAGAUGGUGAAAAGAAUGGUCAGAAAGACACAGAAUAUGUGAAUGGUUUGGUUGGUCAAAUCAUGCAGAUAGAGGAACGAGCAGCUGAAAUCAGUGCCCGUUUGCACAUGUCCCUUGUGAUGAGUUAUGGGCUUGUGUCAGAGAAUAAUGAUCCCAAUUUGUCUGUUAUUUGUAAAGAUGAGAAACACUCUAAUCUUUCAUCGUUGUUCCCUCGUCAAAGUUAUGUCGUGAAAGGAAUGAAUCUACGGAAGAAUGUUAGGCACCAUUGUCCAAUGUUAAUUGCUCAGUGGCAGAAUGCUGUAACUCGCAAGGAUAUGGCUGAGACAUUUUCUUUUAAAGAUUUUAAAGAGCAUGGUGGGAUCGUUACAAUACCGGCAGAUAGGUUUAUACAUGAAGUGGCAUUUAAGCUCUGGAAGGCCCCGAAAUAUGGGGCAUGAGGUAGUUUUCAAGAAAAUUUUGAUGCAUGAAUCACUGACUUGUUACUUAAAACUAAAAAUAUGAC